UAGACCAUGAGUCCUUGACACGGUGAGUUCAGUAGUUUUUUUUGAAUGGUAGGAAAGAAAAGAAAGACUAGAUUCACAAAUUCAAUCUUGCAAAUACCCUGGUUCUUUCUUCUUGUUUCCGUCGAUCCUCUCUGGAGCUCCGAUCGCUUUCCCCUAGCAAGGUCUUGCAUAUACAAAUACAGAUAGGUGUUGUGUUGGAUUGUGAAACUUGAGGCGUACGUCCUAAAAUUUGAAGUUUUGGAGUGACCAUCAUGACAAUGAAUCAGCGCGCGACAAUAGAUUUAGAACAAGGAUGGGACUUCAUGCAGCGUGGCAUAACAAAGCUGAAGAACAUUCUUGAAGAGCUACCAGAGCCACAAUUCAGCUCCGAGGAGUAUAUGAUGUUAUACACCACAAUUUACAAUAUGUGCACCCAAAAACCACCUCAUGAUUAUUCGCAGCAGUUGUAUGACAAAUAUCGGGAGUCCUUUGAGGAAUAUAUUACAUCAACGGUGCUGCCUUCUUUGAGAGAGAAGCAUGAUGAAUUUAUGUUAAGAGAGUUGGUGAAAAGGUGGUCAAAUCACAAAAUCAUGGUGAGGUGGUUGUCAAGGUUCUUCUAUUACCUGGAUCGUUAUUUCAUUACCAGGAGAUCCCUACCAGGUCUCAAUGAAGUUGGAUUAGCAUGCUUCCGUGAUCUGGUGUACCUAGAGUUGAAUGCAAAAGUGAGGGAUGCUGUUAUAUCUCUGAUUGAUCAAGAGCGCGAGAGUGAGCAGAUUGAUAGAGCAUUAUUGAAGAAUGUGCUCGACAUAUUUGUUGAAAUAGGAAUGGGACAAAUGGAUUAUUAUGAGAAUGACUUUGAAGCUACGAUGCUAAAGGAUUCUGCUGCUUAUUAUUCUCGAAAGGCCUCAAGCUGGAUCUUAGACGAUUCAUGUCCUGAUUAUAUGUUGAAAGCUGAGGAGUGUUUGAAACGUGAGAAGGAUAGGGUCUCUCAUUAUCUACAUUCAAGUAGUGAGACAAAAUUGCUUGAGCAAGUACAACAUGAGCUGCUAGCUGUGUAUGCCACCCAAUUGCUUGAGAAGGAGCAUUCUGGGUGUCAUGCAUUACUCAGAGAUGACAAGGUGGAGGACUUGUCAAGAAUGUAUAGGCUUUUCUCUAAAAUACCUAGAGGCUUAGAACCAGUCGCUAAUACUUUUAAGCAGCAUAUAACUGCUGAAGGCAUGACACUGGUUAAACAAGCUGAAGAUGCGGCAAGCCAUAAAAAGGCAGAAAAGAAAGAUAUUGUUGGUAUGCAGGAACAGGUUUUUGUUCGAAAAGUGAUUGAACUUCAUGAUAAAUAUUUGGCAUAUGUAAAUGAUUGUUUUCAAAACCACACACUGUUCCACAAGGCACUAAAGGAAGCCUUCGAAGUUUUUUGCAACAAGGGUGUUGCUGGGAGCUCGAAUGCUGAACUUCUUGCAACAUUUUGUGACAACAUUCUGAAAAAGGGUGGGUGUGAGAAAUUGAGUGAUGAAGCCAUUGAGGAGACACUGGAGAAGGUUGUAAAGCUGCUUGCUUAUAUAAGUGAUAAGGACUUGUUUGCAGAAUUCUAUAGGAAGAAGUUAGCUAGAAGGCUCUUAUUUGAUAAGAGUGCUAACGACGAACAUGAGAGAAGUAUCUUAACAAAGCUGAAGCAGCAAUGUGGUGGUCAAUUCACAUCAAAGAUGGAGGGGAUGGUAACUGAUUUGACAUUGGCAAGGGAAAAUCAAACUAGUUUUGAGGAGUAUCUCAAUAAUAAUCCAGUUGCAAGCCCUGGUAUUGACCUGACUGUUACUGUUCUGACUACUGGCUUCUGGCCAAGCUACAAGUCUUUCGAUCUUAACCUCCCAUCUGAGAUGGUUAAAUGUGUUGAAGUGUUUAGAGAGUUCUACCAAACAAAAACAAAGCACAGGAAGCUUACAUGGAUAUACUCAUUGGGUAUUUGUAACAUAAGUGGACACUUUGAGCAGAAAACUAUAGAGAUGAUUGUGACUACUUACCAGGCUUCAACUCUGCUGCUAUUCAAUGCAUCAAAUAGGUUGAGUUAUCAAGAAAUUGUGGGACAGUUAAAUCUUUCAGAUGAUGAUGUUGUUAGACUUCUCCAUUCAUUGUCAUGUGCAAAAUAUAAGAUCCUCACCAAGGAGCCAAGCACCAAGACUAUAUCCCCUUCAGAUGUCUUUGAGUUCAACUCUAAAUUCACAGACAAAAUGAGGAGGAUAAAAAUCCCUCUCCCUCCUGUGGAUGAGAAGAAAAAAGUAAUUGAAGAUGUUGAUAAAGACCGAAGAUAUGCAAUCGAUGCUUCAAUUGUGCGCAUUAUGAAGAGUAGGAAAGUGUUGGGAUAUCAGCAGCUAGUCAUGGAAUGUGUUGAGCAGUUGGGUCGCAUGUUUAAGCCUGAUGUCAAAGCAAUCAAAAAGAGGAUUGAAGAUUUGAUCACAAGGGACUACCUUGAAAGGGACAAGGAGAAUCCUAACAUAUUUAAAUACUUGGCCUAAAAUUGAGAAUCCAUGUUUAUUUUUGUCUGCUGCUGGAGAGUGAAGAGUAUCCAUCCCGCCAAACAACGGUCCAAAAAUGCUUGCUGAUGGAACUAACUCGUGCUCUUGAGAAUUUCAAAAUAUUACUUAGUAUAUUUGAGCACAAGAAAAGGGCAAUACUUAAUUGUUUGUACUUCACCUUCUGGACAAUUGUUGUUCUGUUUCUUCAUAGAUUUUCCACUUGACUUUCUAGUUGUUGUAAUUGUUUCGAAAUUUGUUCCUCUCUACCCUAUUACCUGCUGCUUGCAUGGUUUUAAAAGGCGUUUCGCUUUUACGCCCCUGAGGCGCAAAGGCGCAAAGGCGUUCCUG